GCAUUGGCCGAACUGCUCGAGUCGGAUUCCAAGUUUGGCUUCAUCGUGAUGGACGGUAACGGAACUCUUUUCGGAACCUUGGCAGGGAAUACGCGUGAGGUCGUCCACAGAUUCACGGUCGAUCUGCCAAAGAAGCACGGACGAGGUGGACAGUCGGCUCUUCGUUUCUCUCGUCUUCGUGACGAAAAGCGCCACAACUAUGUCCGCAAAGUCGCCGAACUUGCUGUCCAGCACUUUAUUACGAAUGAUAAAGUGAAUGUGGCUGGUUUGGUUCUUGCUGGAUCUGCCGAUUUCAAGACUGAGCUCAACCAAAGUGACAUCUUUGACCCCAGGCUGGCUGCCAAGGUCAUCAAAGUCGUGGACGUCAGUUAUGGUGGAGAAAAUGGAUUCAACCAGGCUAUCGAACUCGCCGCUGAGUCUCUCUCAAACGUCAAAUUUGUGCAAGAGAAGAAGCUGAUUCAGAAAUACUUUGACGAGAUCAGCCAAGACUCUGGAAAAUACUGCUUUGGUGUUGAAGAUACGCUCAAGGCGUUGGAAAUGGGAGCUGUCGAAACCCUCAUUGUAUGGGAAAACAUGGACAUUACCAGAUACAUAUUGAGAAACGCAGCUGGUGACGAGGUGAUCAUCUAUGCGAACAAGGAGCAAGAGAAGGAUCGCGAAAAGUUCAUUGACAAGUCUACCGGCCACUUGCUCGAAUGGUUCACCGAAAAAUAUCAAGAUUUUGGUGCCCAGCUCGAGUUUGUGACCAACAAAUCUCAAGAGGGAGCUCAAUUCGUCAAAGGCUUUGGUGGAAUUGGAGGUCUAUUGAGAUACAAGGUCGAUCUUGCCAAUAUAACUGCCUACGAUGAAGACUCGGACGAGUUCCUCAGUGAUGAUGAUGACAACUACGUCUGA